GUAUUAAAUGUGUUGCAUUCAUCCCUGGUUGUUAUUCGAACUCCACGUUGUUUUGCCUUUUCAAUUGUUUUUAAUUAUUUAAACUAAGACAAAUGGGUCGCAAGUUUCUGAAUAAGAAAAAGAAAGCUGCUCCACAAUUGGAGAUAGUUCCGCUAGAUGAAAACCCACCUUUGCCGCCACAGCGAUCUUCAGAUGAAGUGGUGCCCAAAAAGGAGAAAUGGGUGAACAAACAGCGCGUGCUGGUCUUCUCUGCCCGAGGAAUCAGUCACCGGGACAGACAUUUAAUGAAGGACAUAAAGACACUGAUGCCGCAUCACCGUCCCGAAUCCAAAAUGGAGCGCUCUAAAUCCUUGUCGGUAGUGAACGAAAUGUGCGAGAUGAAGCACUGCAACAAGGCCAUGCUCUUUGAGGGUCGCCGGAAAAGGGAUCUGUACAUGUGGGUGUCGAAUACCUCGGGUUCCACUGGCCCAUCGGCCAAGUUUCUUAUCGAGAAUAUCCACACAAUGGCCGAACUGAAGAUGACGGGCAAUUGCUUGCGCGGAUCGCGUCCACUUCUCUCCUUCGACUCCAAAUUUGAUGAACUGCCCCAUCUGAAGCUGCUCAAGGAGCUGUUCGUCCAGACCUUUUCGGUUCCCAAUCACCAUCCCAAGAGUCAGCCGUUCGUAGAUCAUGUUUUCACCUUUACUUAUCUGGACAACCGAAUCUGGUUUAGGAAUUUCCAAAUUCUCUCCGAGGAUGGCGGUUUAUCCGAAGUAGGACCACGCUAUGUGAUGAAUCCUGUGAAAAUAUUCGAUGGCUCCUUUACAGGCAAGACAAUUUGGGAGAAUGCCGACUACGUAAGUCCGGCAAAGCAGCGACAGAUGCUUAAGAAGGCAGCCAAGGACAAAUACGUUAACCGAGUGGAACAGAAGGUCAAGCACGAGGCCACGCGGCCAGUCAGAGCCUAUGAUGGUGUUAAUAACGAAGAACUCUUUGAGGACGACGAUCCAGUGGAGACGGCUAAGAUUCUGGCGGCGAUAGCCAAGAAGAGGAAGGAGGAAGACGCCAAGCAGACGCCGAAAUCGGCGCUUACCAAGAAGAUUAAGGAAAAACAACUGAAGGCCGUCAAAGAAGUGAUUGAAAGAAAGAAGGCAAGAACUACUAAACGUGUUAAAAAGGUUUAAACACGCCAUUUUACAUUUAGAUAAAAAACGAUUAAACUUUAUAAAUACGUUUACAAACUGUGCAUCCUAAGUUUGAAUAUAUCAAUAGACAAGAUUAUCAGUUA